UAACUAUUACAUGACGUGGGUGAUGUCAACCUGCGGUUUCAAAGGAAUUCUCUUGAUUUUUGGUGUGUUCCUGGCCUGGGAAACUAGAAAUGUGCAUUAUCCUUCGCUGAAUGACUCCAAGAACAUUGGCUUAGCUGUGUACAACGUUUUUAUGUUUUCAUGUUUGGCACUCGUGGUUGAGUUUGUGGUCACGUAUCCUCCUCUUAAGAUGCUGGUUGGACGAUCGAUUGUGCUCGUGGGAACCACGUCGACGAUUUCUUUGCUGUUUGUUCCAAAGAUUCUUCAUCUCAGGAAAAAUAACCAAGUGAGCAUGACCACCACUGAACCGAGCAGGAGUGAAUUCGAAACUUAUGGAGGGACUGGCGGGCAUUCCGAGAUGAGAAUAGAAACUUACAAGGGCACUUAGUGAAAUUUAGGCCUCAUUUCGCCAAAAUGCCGAGUGAAUUCAGUCUACGAGCCGAGCUGAAGAGGAUUCAAGAAAAGUCGCCAAGCAUUUCCGGGACAAAACAAGGGUUCGUUGCUAUGCCUGCUCGGAGAGGUCAGGAGAUUCCCCGAAACAUUUCCAAAGAACGCGACGCAGUCGCAGAGGUACUGAAACAACCGAUACCUGGAGUUCUUAAAUCUCGAACUACGAGUGUUAAAAAGCAGCAAGAAGACUAGAAACUUCGCCAUUUUCCGUUUGGGUUUGUUAUAAACUUUAC